GCAGAAGGCUGGAAGCACAUACAUCCUUUUUUCCUGGGUAGAGCUUCCUCCCCUCUGGAGCCUCCAGAGCUAGGUGUUCCUGGGGGCCAUGCAAAAGGUGGGGGCGGCCGGCCGGAGGGCCUCGGACACAGCCCUCACUCCACACAGGUCAAGAGGCAUUACCAAGUUUGCCCAGUAUGUGGGCUCCUUUACUGUAGAUGACCUGGGGCUUCAGGAGAAAGUGUGGAUGGUCCAGCAGCAGCUAUGGGCCUUGAAGGACUGCCCCAGGCGAAGAGCUGUGAUCCUAAAAUUCAGUCUACAGGGCCUCCGGAUCUACAGUGCCGAGGGGGAGACUCUUCUAAUGGCUCAUGCUCUGAAGAGGAUCCUCUACUCCACCUGGUGCCCAGCUGAAUGCCAGUUUGCCUUCAUCUCCCGGAACCCACGGAGCCCUGCCAGCAAACUCUUCUGUCACUUGUUUGUGGGCAGCCAGCCUGGGGAGGUCCAGAUCCUACAUCUGCUGCUUUGCCGUUCCUUUCAGCUGUCAUACCUCUUGCAACACCCCGAGGAUCAGGCCCAGCCUGGGCCAGGGCCACCCGCAGAGGAGGCCCCCAAAUCUCUGCCCAGCCCUGGCUGCCCUGCGGGGAUGGUGAGGGAGCCCUUCGGCCGGGAUCAGGUCUCUCAAAAUGUCCAUGCCCUGGUGUCCUUCCGGCGGCUGCCGGCCCCAGCUGAUGGCCCGGCAGGCAGCACAAAGGAAAUGUCGGAGGCCGAAGGUCGAGGGGCCACCCGUCACUCCCGCCUGGGGAACCCUUACUGUUCCCCAACCCUUGUGCGAAAAAAGGCAAUUCGAAGCAAGGUGAUCCGGUCAGGGGCCUAUCGCUGCUGCACCUAUGAGACGCAGCUGCAGCAGUCUGCCCGGGAGGCCUUUCCGAGCGCCUGGGAGAGCUGGGCCCAGAGGCCCAGUGGCCUGGUUUGCCUGGUGGAAAGCGAGGGAAGCCUGACGGAGAAUAUCUGGGCCUUUGCUGGCCUCUCUAGGACCCGUGCGCUCUCCCUGCUCCGAAGAGAUGUCCUGGGGGCCUUUUUGCUGUGGCCUGAGCCUGGAUCCAGUGGCCAGUGGUGCCUGUCAGUGAAGACACAGUGUGGCGUGGUCCCCCAUCAAGUCUUCAGGACCCACUUGGGCAAGUUCAGUGUGGAGCAUCUGCAGAUGGAGUUCCCCAGCCUGGAGGCCUUGGUGGAGCACCACUCAGGAGCCGAGCGUAGCCUUUUCUGCCCACUGGACAUGGGACGCCUGAACCCCUGCUAUGAGGUGCAGGACUGUGGGCCGGAUGGCCUACAUGGCUCCGUAGCCACCCCAAGCAUGAGCCCCAGCAGCAAGAACUGGGUUAAGGCCACCUUUGAAUUCCCUAAUGCCCCAGCUGUCAAAGUGUGUGUGGGGGUGUGUGUGGGGUGUGUGUGUGUGUGUGUGUGUGUGUGUGUGUGUGUGUGUGUGUGUGUGUAUACACUCUUGGUCUUUCCAGUUGGAGCAAUCUUUUCCGUUGUCUCAAGGAGCAUAGCCCCUGAAUGGGAAGUUACCCUGGUUGGUAAUCUCUUGGAUGAUGGAUGAAUCAGACCAGGAACUGCUGGUUUCUCUGCUGCCCCUCCACCCCCCAACACUCACACUGCAGCAGCUGUGGUCCUCAGAAAUGGCCUGGAGGAAAGAGAAACGCCAGCCUUCCCUUGACUUGCUGUGUUAUGGACAAGGAGACAGUUGCUUAGCUUGGCCAGGAUGGCUGCCUGUAGGCACCCUCAUCAGAGACUUUGCCUUCUGUGCAUGGACGUGUCUCAGUCCCCAAGCCGAUCACCCCAGGAGUAUGCCCCUAGCCUGGAUGGGCUCACCCCAGGCUCUGUUUCAAGCUUUCUUAUGAAUACCUGAUUUUGUUCAGAAGAUCCCCUGGUGGUGAGGGAGGCAUCCAAACAUAGCAACUGAAAAAAACCUGGGUUUGAACCUCUGAUCUACCUAAUCUUAGCUCUGUGACCUUCAGGAAAUUAUUACUUUCUCUGGACUCUCCUCUGUAAAGGGAGGCAGUGUGGUGUAGUGGAUAGAGCAAUGGGCCUGGAGUCAGGAAGACCUGAGUUU